AACCCAAUUCAGAGGUAAAGGAGCAUUUUAGUAAAUAAAUAGUGAGGUUGUAGCUAGGGUUUUUUCUCAUAUAAGAUCGAUUAUACUCACAAGUUUUGUUCUUUCCUAGCAAUUCGGCGCAAUCGUCUUCUGCUUCAAGGAAGGAGAGCUUGUUAUUCUCUAUCAACAAGGAAAAUGUCAGGUGAAGAGGUUGUUGUUGCAGCUGAGCCAGCUGCUGCCAUCCCAGGCGAGCCUAUGGAUAUCAUGACUGCCUUGCAACUUGUGCUCAGAAAAUCUCUGGCUUAUGGUGGUCUUGCACGAGGCCUUCACGAAGGGGCAAAAGUGAUUGAGAAGCAUGCUGCACAACUCUGUGUUCUAGCAGAAGACUGUGACCAGCCUGACUAUGUUAAACUGGUUAAGGCCCUUUGUGCAGAGCACAAUGUUAGCCUGCUGACAGUUCCGAGUGCAAAGACCCUUGGAGAAUGGGCUGGUUUGUGCAAGAUUGAUUCCGAAGGAAAAGCUAGGAAGGUUACUGGUUGCUCCUGUGUGGUUGUGAAGGAUUUUGGUGAGGAGCAUGAAGCCUAUAACGUCGUUCUGCAGCAUGUGAAAUCUCAAUGAGUUGCAAGAUUCAUAGAUUUUAUGCAUUUCAUUUUGGGUUAUUCCAUGAGAAUGAAUUUUGCCUUGUAGCUGGAUUAUAUCUACCUUGGGUUUUGAUUGUUUAAUAUGACUGCCACAUUCUAAAUGUUGUUCCUUUUUUCUUUCUUUCUUUGAUGCAUUGCUGUUACUCUAAUUAGGAACUCUUGUUUCACAUUUAAUCAUUAAAGAAGGGAAAGUUACAUGAUAA